CCCCCCCCCCCCCCCCCUUCCCACGGUGCGCGCAUGUGUGGGGAGACUUUCUUGUGGGUGGUUUGCGUGGAUAAAUAGAGCGCACGCUGCACUCUAGAGCAGCUUUGAAUCUGACUGGAGGAAAUAACCAAUGUUGGCCACUCAACUGCGACAUAUGUAUUUUGUUUGGUUUCCUCCCGUGGAAGGAUUCAUGACUUCAUCCGGACAAAAUGGAAUUAAUUUAAUGCUCAUUCGGGCAGGAUUAUAAUUGCAAUGGCUAUUUUUAAAUUGGUGUUUGAGGAUUUUACCCGUCCAAGAUCAGAUUAGAAACAGACGUUGUAGCUGCUACGUCCAGUUUAAGAUGCUAUUGUGCGUUCAUAGUCAUAUUGGUGCCGUAUCCUCCAGAAGGUUUUUGGCAUGUAGGUUGUAAAUAAGUGAAGACAGAACGUUUAGAAUGUUUGGGAAAGGUGAACAUCGGCUGCUGUUGCUCAUUUGGAUGUUUGCGGGUUUGGCGCAAAGUGGAGCAGUUUCCAGAUGUGCACAGCACGCCUGCGGUCCACCCGUCAGGAACCUGGCCACAGGCAGAGCUCUCAUCACCCUCUCAGGGAGCUGCGGGAACACCUCCCGUGACCAAAGCCCGUGUCCCCACCCAGCGAGUCAUAUGACAGAUGAUCCUUUCUUGCAUCCAAAUACCUUUUGGGAAUCAAGCGCGGAAGCCACCACGCAGGGGAUGCCGGAGGAAAUCCGUCUGGACCUGGAAACACGCUUCUGCCUGUCCCACGUGGUUUUGUCGUUCCGGUCGCCGCGGCCCGCUGCCAUGAUGGUCGAGCGAUCGACCGACUUUGGAAAAUCCUGGGAUGUUCUGAAGGUCUUUGCAGACAAUUGUAGCGUGGAGUUUGGUUUGCCCGAUGAUUUUAAUUGGCCCGGCUCUUUGUGUACAUCCCGCUACAGCAGCGCAGCACCCUGCAGUGGUGGGGAGGUGAUACUACGGAUACUCGACCCAAACAACGCAAAACUACUUGACCCCUACAGUCCGGAAGCGCUUACACGCAUGACCCUCACCAAUCUGCGUAUCAGACUGCUGAGAGCUCAGAUUUGUCCUCUUCAGUGGAGCUCAAAGCAACAAACACUGCCAACGCCCGCUCCUUAUGCUGUUUAUAAUUUGCUGGCCCAAGGGACGUGCCUGUGCCACGGACAUGCUGAGCAUUGUGAGGCACGACGUAAACGUCAAAACACAAAACUGCAUAGUACCAUGGUGUCCGGUCGCUGCGUGUGUACUCACCACACAGUCGGCUUACACUGCGAAAAGUGUGCGCCGCUCUACAACGACCGUCCCUGGAAACCCGCCAACGGGAGCAGCGGCGAGGCAAAUCAAUGCCAGAAAUGCGAGUGUCACGACCACGCAGACAGCUGCCACUUCUCCCGGCGAGUGUGGCUCUCCACCGGUGGCCUGAGCGGCGGGGUCUGCCACGGCUGCAGACACAACACAUUUGGACGCAGGUGCCAGCGCUGUCGUCAUGGCUACCGCCGUCACCCAAACCUGCCUAUCAACUCACCACACACUUGUCAACGAUGCUGGUGUGACCACCAAGGCUCCUUGUCUCCACAUUCUGGAGCUGAGGAAACCUGGUGCCACCCUCGCAGCGGGCAGUGCAAAUGCAAAACGGGCGUCGGGGGCACAAGCUGUACUCAUUGCAUGCCUGGCUAUUGGGGCUUUGGAAGUGAAGGGUGCAAAGCCUGCUCGUGUCCCAACAGCUGCAAUCCCACCAAUGGGAAGUGUCUGGACAGCCAUUCUAAUAAUCAGCUGUUCAACAUACCCAUUGGUGGAAAAAUCCCUGCGUUGGAUUCUCCUUUGUUUAUGGACGAAGAGGCACAGUGGCCAAAAGAGCAGGCAGUCUCUGUGCUGCACUCCUCAGGUAAGUGUAGCUGUAAGGAGAAGAAGCUAAAAAGAGUGUCUGACCUCUGCAAAAUUAAACAUGACUAUGCGAUGAAAGCGAUUGUGGUGUCAGCUCAUGACAAAGGCAGCCAUGCAGAAGUGCGGGUCAAAGUGCGCAAGGUCCUACGAUCAGGUCUGACGGCUCUGAGCUCGGGAACAGCCAGCAUCUUUCCUGUGUCCUGGACCAGCCGUGGAUGCACCUGCCCUAUCCUAAACCCAGGUAUGGAGUACCUGUUGGCAGGCCCGGAGGAAUCUGUCACAGGCCGUUUGCUGGUCACGAUGCAGAGUGCGGUGGUCCCCUGGACCCCCAGAUUGGGUCUCCUCGUUACCGAGGGCCUACGACGUGGAUGCCCAUGAUGGCUCCGUUCAGAAAGUCAGUUAAAAAGAAUGGAAAUGAAUAGAGACAAGUGCACCAAUACAGAAGCAGUAAAAAAAAACUGCAAGGCUGAGCAAGCAAGGAAGAAGACAACAUUGAAAGACAGAAAACAAGUCACAAUUCUUCCAUUACCACAAUUUUAUUCAGAACAAUGGAUGUAAAUUUGAGUCACGGUUGUUCAACGCACAGCAGUUACAGAAGGCGACCUUGAAUGUAUAAAUGUCUGGAUUUUAAUAAAGUCUCCUUUUGUUUUGACAAAACCUCAAAGGAGAAAAAAUCCAUUGGCAUGAUGUAAUAUCCCGUCACACAAAUCACGGUGCAUCGGAUGUUUGUGUUCUGCCCAACAUUAUUGGCAUCCAUUAUCCUCAGCCAUUUCUCAAUUGACAUUUUUGUCU